UGCUGCUUAUUUUCAUGUUAUUCACGAUUGAAUGUUCCGGUAAGAAACUACCAUUGAGGGUUAUUGGCGGAGAGAGCAGUGAAGAUUAUCCAUAUGUUGUUCGCUUAGAAGUACAACAUAUUGCAAAUUUUACUAACAAUAAUACUAUUGUGGCAAAACAUGAUCAUGUUUGUAGCUCGGUUGCACUGUCUCCGACGUGGGCACUAACGGCCGCUCAUUGUUUGAACGACUUGAAUUUCUUCUUUCUUGGUGCUCCUUAUACCGUUGAGAAGUUGAUAAUAAGACACGGCCACGUUGACGACUCGCCCUGGAUAGAAGGCUCUUUCAGUGACGUAAUUUCAAUUAUUACACAUCCUCUAUUUUCAUACACAUUCGACGACUAUAACAGUAACCCGAUCAUAAAGAACGAUGUAGGUCUGAUGAAAACAACGCCCAUGGAUUUAGAGAAUUACAUCAAAUUAAGCGCUGUAGAUUUCUUCUCCCUCUAUGGACAUGAAGCUAUAUUUGCUGGUUAUGGAUUGACUAUGCAAAAGAAUCCUACUGGUAUAACCGAAACCCAUGAUACAUUAAUGCUUAAAAAGCCGUUGCAAAUACUCAAAGUAUUAAUUUCGAGAUGUUUGAAUGGGGGUUUACUGGAGCCUGCGUUAUGCUUGGCAUCUAAAUGUGGACAAGUAGCUACAACGUGCCCCGGUGACACUGGUGGACCUCUCAUACAUCCCUCCGGUAUUGUCGGAAUAUUGGGAGUCAGUGACUUAUCAAUGUACUGCUAUGAUAAAAAUGUAAAAAGACCUGGAGAUAUUACCGGUAUUGUUGCACCGAUCGGCCCUUAUAUUGAAUGGAUUUAUGAUCAUAUGUCAAGUUGAAUCAUACUCCUCUCUA